AUGGCGGCCGUGUUGGCUCCAACUCCUCACGCGCUGCACAAUCGAAGAGCAUUUUCACUUCCACUCUCAAAAUGCUGCCACCGGCAACGCCUAUCGGUGGCUCGAACAGCCUCGGCUCCCCUCCACCGGAGAACCGACCGGCGGUCGGAGUAUACCCCACCCGUGGCAACAAAUGAAUGGUCUUUCGAACAAAGAAUACAAGAGGCCCUCAAUGUCUUGGAGCUCAUGGAAGCCCAAGGCAUUGAGCCGGAGCCCAGCUUGUUUUGCAUCCUUCUCAAAAGCUGUGCUGAUGCAGAGAAUCUCGAAUUCGGAAAAACAAUUCACAGCAAAAUCGUUGGAACCGAACUGGAGAAUGAUGUUUUCGUGGUGAAUAAUCUCAUUAAUUUAUAUGCCAAAUGUAGGUGUUACAGAACUGCUCGGAAGUUAUUCGAGAAAAUGCCUGUUAAAAAUGCUGUCUCUUGGACUAGCAUCAUUUCCAUGUAUAGUCAAUCGGGUUUUCAUGAGGAAGCACUUAGACUCUACAAUAUGAUGACGUCAGAUGGUAAUGUCAAGCCUACCGUGUUUACUUAUACUAUAGCUUUGAAUUCUUGCGCAAAGUUGGGUUAUUUAGCAAUGGGUACUGAAAUUCACAAGGAUAUCAAGAUGGAUAGGUGUGAAAGUGAUGAUUUUAUUGUCACAGCACUGAUUGAUAUGUAUGCCAAGUGCGGCAGCAUUGAUGAAGCACGCCAAGUAUUUGAUAAGAUAGAUGAACCAACAGUUGCUGCUUGCACUGCAAUGAUAGAAGGUUAUAACACAAACAAUCAAGCUGACAACGCCAUGAGAUUUAUUCGAAGGAUCUUGCAAUCUGGGUUAGAUUUAAAGGUUGCAAAAGAGUUGGGUUUUACCUGUAUGAUACGGUCUUGCACCAUGGAAGCUACUCUUAGACAAGGGCAGGAAAUCCAUGCUCACAUGAUUAAAUUUGAGUACAAGCCAGGGCUGCUGACUGUAAAUGAGCUUAUUCUGUUGUACGAGAAAUGCAAUAAGAUGGUGCUUGCACGGCGCCUCUUUGAUGAAUUGCUAGUAAAGAAUGUUAAAUUAUGGGGGAGAAUGAUUUCAGGUUACGUCCGAAAUGGGUUGAAUCAGGAAGCAUUGGAGCUUUACCUUGACAUGGUGGCUGGAGACGUUGAACAAAAUUCAUUUGUUCUUUCUUGUGCCCUUGAUGCAUGUACAAGUAUCAUGGGUUUGGAGGAAGGAAAGCAGAUACAUGGUCGAGCAAUCAAAACUGGUUAUGACCUAUGUGAUGAUUCUCUUGAUGCUAAACUUGUAAAGCUGUACACUGAGUGUCGGAAGGUCGCAUAA